UAACACAAUUAUGUCAUAACAUGUUGUAUCAAUAAAUAAAUUACAAAUAUUUAUAAUAGAUAAUCAUUUCAGCAAUGUCUGUUGUUGAGAAACUAUUAGACUUAAUGUUUUAUCUGUUAAAUAUAAUUUUCCAACAACAAGGACGAAACGAUAUUUUCGAAACGGUUUGAGUACGAAUACCGCUGUUGCCAACGAUAAAUGUUUGUAAACAACGACACCACUACAAACAAGGUAGAUUUAAAUGUUUAUUAUAUUCUUACCCCAAAAUAAAUAUUUCACAUUAUUAAACAUAGAUCUAUAUAUAUUUUAAAUACUGUAUACUUUAUUUGAGAAUAGUCAUAUUCUUCUAAAUUAAAUAAAUAAACGAUCGACUAGCAGCAGCGGUGCAAUCAAGUGUAGAGAUCCAAACUUGAAUGGCUUCAAUCUUAAAUGGAUAUGUAUGUGAACAAAUUUUAUUGAAAACGAAUUUACAAUGUAAUUAAGUUAUGAAAAAUAUGAAAACGGUAUUUGAAAUAUGUGCUAUAAAUGAAUAUUUAAACAAUAAACAGAGCCGUCUGCAGGUAAUUCUAUUUUUAGCUCAUGCGUACGAUCGAUAUCAAAUACUUGAUUACUUGGCGCCCACUUUAUAAAUUCCGCUGUAGCGCAGUGGAUGAGACACCUGCUUUUGACGUAAGCGGCCCGAGUUCGAAUCCCACUUCUGAUGAAUUUUUUUUUUAUUAGUUUUUUUUUUUCUUACAGAUAUGGUCAAGCAUUACAUCUGCACAAUUUGCAAUAGAAAAGCAAAUCGUCGAGACAGAAGACCUGUACCGGCAAAUAUUCAGAAAUAUUUAAAGAAAAAUCUGUCAAUUACUUGCACACCCGAUAGUGUUGUGUGUUCUGGAUGCAGAAUCAAAUUUUAUAGAAAACUUAGAAAACCAAAAGAAUCAGGUCCCGUACCGGUUGAUGAGAGGGGUGAUGCUGGCGAUGCACUCGUUCCGCCGUCUACAAACGAACGAUUCACUAGUCCUCCAUCGGUAAUGCUGAAAAUCUCUUCCACAAGCAGAAGCCACAGCCGCUGUUUCGUGUGCAAAAGGCCUUGACCAAAGUUGGUGUGCCUUCCAGCAGAAGGGCGCUUUACAGUCUUCCUUGACCACAACAUACUAGUACCAGCAGACGCAAGGUGUUGUCCAGUCCAUAUUUCUGAUGGGACUCUGACUCAAGACUCUUUUUCAAACAUACAAACGCUGACAAGUACCUCUUUGCUUAAUCGAUCUUCAAUAUGUAAUAUACUUCAAAAAAUGAGAAACGCUUGCCUAAAUCAGAAUACAUCACUUAAUUUUGAUGCAUUAGACGAACGUGAUUAUCCAUCUCUUACUGGGCUUACCAAACCACAGUUUGAUGAUUUUUGCAGUCAUUUGCUUCAACACAUUAAAACAACGCCUAAAAGGUCUCCAAGAACAACCGUUGGACUUUUUCUUGUUAAGCUUUACUCUGGAAUGUCCAAUAAACUCCUGUCUACAAUAUUUGGCUUAAGCAAGUCAAGCGUUCGCCGCGCAAUUGAGACCGUUCGUCUAAUAUCAAUGAGAACAUUUGUUCCGCUAUAUCUUGGCAUUGAAACUGUCCCAAGGUCAACCCUCAUUCAGAACCACACACGCCAACUUGCAAAGACACUUUUCAACGCUGAUGACAACCAACUGAUCCUUGUUCUUGACGGAACAUAUAUUUAUAUCAAUAAGUCAAAUAACUUCAAGUUCCAGAGGCGUUCAUUUAGCAUGCACAAAGGCCGGCCAUUGGUUAAACCUAUGGUUGUUGUUACAACAACGGGUCACUUUGUAACUAUAGUUGGCCCUUACCUUGCAGAUGGCAAAAACAACGAUGCGGCUAUACUGAACCAUAUGCUACGGGCCAAUAUUCAAAACUUCCGGGAGUUUUUACAGGAAGGAGAUAUUCUGGUAGUUGAUCGUGGCUUCCGGGAUUCGCUGACUCUCCUCACUGACCUUGGAAUCAAUGCUGAAAUGCCUGCCUUGAUCAGCAAAGGACAAAAGCAGCUAUCGACGAAGGAAGCUAACUCCAGUCGGCUAGUUACAAAAGUACGAUGGGUUGUUGAAUCGGCCAACGCUCGAAUCAAACGGUUCAAAAUGCUUGCAACAGUACUUCCAUGCAGCCAGGUGCCCUUCAUUGGAGACUUUGUUAGGAUUGUAUGUGCUAUAUGUAAUAAAUACCUUCCUGCACUGAGUUCACCGUCUCAGACAGAGGCAGAUACGCAAGUUGCCCAACAAAUGUUGUUGUUGGCUGAACGAGCCAAUACUUUACAAGAGUAUGUACAAGAGCGUGGUCUCGAACGGAAGUUAAAAGUAUGGAAGUCGGUUGAGGAUGUACCGUUUCCGCGACUGUCAGAGGAAAAUCUACACGACCUUACGCUUGGUGUAUAUCAGUUGAAGCUUGCGUCCAGUUACAUCCAGGAGCAUCUCACUGGGGCAUAUGACAUACAUGUCCAUGUAGAUGACACGUCACUACUGACAGUACGGUUGCAGAGUCGUCACACAAGCAGCAGACGAUAUCUCAUGUGGAUACGGUCCAGUGAUACGGCAGUAGAGGCUUGGUACUGCCAGUGCCGUGCUGGGGCACGAGUUGUUGGAAUGUGCGCGCAUGUUUCGGCCAUCGUCUGGUAUCUUGCUUUUGCUAGGCAUCAAGAAUGCACGCGGUACGGUGUAAGGGACUGGGGUAGUCAUCUAGAAGAUGCCGCUACAUUCCAAAUCGACUCCAGUUCUGACAGUGAUUAAACAUUUGCAAAUAAUGAAUACAAGAGACAACGGACUUUUACAAUUGUAAAAUUAUAAAUGAUUCUUUAUCUUUUAUCAUUUUUCGGCUUUUUAAACUGUUAAGGUAAUCGACAAUCAGUAACUUAAUCAAUAAGAAUAUUUGGUAAUUAUAAUACAAUAUAAAAUGUUGUAAUUAUUAUUCCUGUAGGUACAUUUAUUGACUUUGUAAAGAACUUUUUUUGCCAGACAGUCAAUAGCUUCAGUUACUCAUAUAAUUAUGACAAAUUAAAAUAAUUAUUCAAUUUCUCUUACACAGUGUAAGAUGAAGGUAUCAAAAUGAGUAUUGAACCGCGUCACUCGCUGAUGAAUAAUCAAAAUAUUACUGCGAGCUGUACAAUCAGUGCGGAUGUGCGUGAACAACUUUUUUUUUUGGUUAUAGAAUUAAAUAAAAAAGAUUAUUUUUUCGUCUGAGUGAUAAAUGGAACAUAUUUUCAAUCAACAUGAUCAAAUUCAAAAUAUUCUCCAUCGCCAGUCCGGCCGUGAAAAUAUAUAGAAUCUUAUCAUAUUUCCUGAAAAUAUUUUCUAAUUUCACUCAAACGAAAAAAUGUCUUCUAAUUAUAUAGCUGUAUAAAGAAGGUAAAUAAAUACAUGUAAUAAAAAUGGCGGAGACUGUUUUUGAAAAAAAAAUGAAAUAAACAUGUACAAACUCAAAAAGAAAAGUGAAUUGAAAAUACAUGAUUUUUUUGAAAAAAAAUUCACUACUUUUGUUAUUGCUUUAAUUAUCGUCAGAUAAUAGGUCCGAAAUG